AAAUAGUGUUUAAUAGAUGCAACCUUAGGGUGGUUUGUGGAAUGCAUUUGUAUUGCAGUGUCAAUUUGGAUGUGAGUUAAACUUGACAUCCUUCACCAAAGUAAAAAUAAAGGACCGCUAAACGAACUAGUCAUUUACGAUCCUAAUUAUGUAUUACCAUAUUCCAUACAAAGGUCAGGCCAUACUUUUAGAGGCGGCUACCCAUUUGACUAUUACCAAAAAUUCGGAUUAUUGAAUGCUUCAACACCAGACGCCUAAAGAGUAAACAUUGAACUAUAGAAAGCCUGCAACCAACCUUUCUUUUGUAUAAGCGUGUCUGUCGUCAAGUACUUUGAUCUAUUCGCCAUGAAAGUUCCUCUUGAGCUAUAUCUCUUCAACUUCACUUCUUUCCCCAUGCAGCAACUCCUCUGACAAUUACCAUGACUCGAAUCGACAGCCGCCUACUUAGCCUCGCCAAAUUUCACGUCUUCUGCACUCUUUCAAUUGUCGCAAUCAUCUUCAUCGUCCAUACCGAUAGUAUCAUCUAUAGCGACUCAGAACAGUCAUUGGCGUCGAACAAUGAAGCGAUUUCUCCAUUGCUGCAGAAUUAUGAUCGUAGUUCUGCAGGCCGACUGAUCAACUCUGAUGUAAGUCGCUUAGUCCUGCGUUCCAUGCAGGAAGAGACCAUUGAAGUUGGUAGAGAAAACACAAGGCCUCUUGUUCCUCCUUUCAAUGUCACAGAAGAAGAGAGAAUUGCUUGGUUCCGAAGCAAGCUGCCAGAAUUUCACAUUCUCAAGUCAGACAAGUCUGCAAAGCAAUUCCAUGGCCGUGUUCUGGAAUUCUUUAACAAGGAUUGUGAGGGUCAGUUCUUUAUGACAUGGAUUUCGCCAGUAAGGUCUUUUGGGAGCAGAGAGUUCUUGACUAUGGAGAGUCUCUUCAAAGCCCACCCACACGGAUGUUUGAUGAUUAUCUCGAGAAGUCUGGACUCCAAGCAUGGCUACAGAAUUCUGAAACCGCUGCAGGAUAGUGGGUUCAAAGUUCAUGCUGUGACACCGGACUUGUCAUUUCUGUUCAACAACACACCGGCAAAAACCUGGUUUGCUGGGAUGAAGAGAGGCAACAGAGACCCCGGAUUGAGAAACUCGAUCGGUGCACAAAGUGUGGAUGCGGUUUCGAAGAACUGGACCAGAUUAAAUAAUGCAGUUCUGAUCUUUGAUGCGAAUCAUCCCCUUCUGCACAAGUUCAUGAAGGAAUUUGCCCUGACUUUUGAUGGGAAUAAAUGGGGGCAUAAUGGUCCCUACCUGGUCUCCAGAGUGGUCCUGAGGGUGCAAAACCGACCCGGUUAUAACUUCACAAUUCUACCCCCUCUCGCCUUUUACCCCGUCGACUGGAAUAGGAUCGGGGGGCUGUUUAAAAAGCCGGGAAGCCCGGCUCAUUUACGAUGGAUAAAAGCAAAGCUGCUUCAGCUUAGCGGGGAGACUUACGGAGUACACCUAUGGAACAAGCAAAGCAGCAGAGAAGUAGUCCAAGAAGGAAGCAUUAUGCAGAGAUUAAUCUCCAAUAAUUGCAUCAUUUGCAACGACAUAUACAGUUCAUCAAGAAUCUUAAGCAAAUAAACGGUGAAGCAUCUUCAAUCAGCGACGAAGUCCGCAGACUGGAAAUUAUCUGUUUCUGGGAUUAGCUUUGGUUCAAGAGCUAGAGCUAUGGCAAUUCUUUUCUUUUUUUCAUUCAGUUUUUUUUCCCGAUCAUACAAAUUUCGAUCAAUCUUCUUUUAUUUCGAGUUUUUAGCCCCAUUGUUUGGUUGUUAUUUGUAAAUGUUAGAUUCUGUAAACAAGUUAUGGAAGACAUUCCAUGUCUCAGUAUGUUAAUAGAGCUUAACCUUUUCUUUUAUA